AUGGCCGGCCUCGGAAACCAGGCCAUGAACAAGCCUGCGUCCGGAAAACAUGGCAACGUACUGCCCCUGUGGGGCAACGAGAAGACUAUGAACCUCAACCCCAUGAUUCUCACCAACGUUCUGUCCUCGCCCUAUUUCAAAGUUCAGCUGUAUGAACUUAAAACGUACCACGAAGUUGUGGACGAAAUCUAUUUCAAGGUGACUCACGUUGAGCCAUGGGAGAAAGGAAGCAGAAAGACUGCAGGUCAGACUGGAAUGUGCGGAGGGGUUCGCGGCGUCGGGACCGGAGGCAUCGUUUCGACAGCCUUCUGUUUACUAUACAAACUGUUUACACUCAAGCUGACACGCAAGCAGCUGAUGGGCCUGAUCACACACACGGACUCUCCCUACAUCCGAGCGCUUGGCUUCAUGUACAUACGAUACACGCAGCCCCCAGCUGAUUUAAUAGACUGGUAUGACGGCUUCAUGGAUGAUGAGGAGGAGCUGGACGUGAAAGCGGGCGGCGGGUGCGUGAUGACUGUCGGCGAGAUGCUUCGCUCAUUCCUCACCAAGCUGGAAUGGUUCUCCACUCUGUUUCCCCGCAUCCCCGUGCCCGUGCAGAAGAGCAUCGACCAGCAGAUGAAGAGCCGGCCUCGGAAAGUGCCGCAGAAGGAGCCGCAGGAGGAGGAGGAGGCUUUCGAAGAAAGCGGCAGACAAGGGGAACGCCGGCGCUCCAGGAGCCCCAGGCGGACACCGAGCCCCAGACGCUCUCCGAAGCGAUCGAGGAGCCGGAGUCACCACCGCGAGCGGGACCGCCACGGCCCCAGCUACGACCGCGAGCUGGAAAGGGAGCGUGAACGUCAGCGGAAAGAGAGGGACGCUAGGGAGCGCGACAGGGAGAGGAGACGAUCCCGCAGCGCCGAACGAAACCACCAAGAGCGGCGCGAGCGCCGAAGAAGCCGUAGCGGCAGCAGGGACAAAAGGAGCGAGCGCAAAGACAAGGAGCGCGACGGAGGCGACGACAGGAACAAGAGGAAGGAGCGGGACCACCACAGAGAGCGCCCGGCCGAGAGGGACAGGUCCAGGGAGAGGAAGAGCGACGACAGGAGGCACAAAGACGAAAGGGAGAGGCACCGAGACGAGAGAAAGGCCAAGAAGCUCAGCCGGAGUCGGAGCAGGGAGAGGCGGCACAAGAGCGCCGGCGACGACAAGAGCAGAAAGCGGGAUAGCAGCCACGGCAGGGAGAAGGAACGCGACGGAGAACAGCGCUCGCACAAACGCAGCCGCAGCAGAGAGAGGAGUCAUCACCAGAGGGAGGCCAGCACCGACCACAGCAAACACGCCGAUCGCAGACGGAGUCCAAGCGUCGAGUAA